AUGGUGCUGACUUCUGCUGUCAGCAGAGUGAUUGCCACAGAAGGGACAGAUGCUAUUUUACCCUGCUCCCCCAGCACCAGAGAAAACCUUGAAAAAGAAUGGUUUGACUGGAAGAAGGUCGGUCAGGGAGGAGAGACUCUGCACAAUGUCUUCAGUUAUGAUGAAACUGGUGCUCGUUAUGAGCAUUAUAUAGAUCCUAUCUUAAAGGACAGAUCAGAGGAAAACGUCCAAGGUGCAGCUUCAAAACCAUAUGUCACAAUUCUUGAGGAAACAAAGGACUGGUCGCUGCUUCAGUGUGAAGUUCAUGGAGCUUCUCCUAAACCUCUCCUCCAGUGGAAGGACAGUUCUGGAAACAUCCUCCCUGCUGACGAGCCUCAGGUCUCAGAAAGAGGAGGCAGCUACGACGUGAUCCUCAACGCUACUGUCAAAACUACAGGCCGCUAUCACUGUGUAGCGACACAGGAGGAGACCAAGCAUCAGACUAACCCUACACACAUCUUUGUGUCUCUCGGUGGGGCCUCCACUGCACGGGUCGGGGUUGUGCUGCUGUUCUCGCUGCUGCUGUCGUCCUCGCUGUACUUGUAGUCAAGCUUUGAAUCAAAAGAAAUGAGAAUAGACCCCGAAAUGGCGCUCGUUCACAGCAGGACCAGAAAGCCUGUGAAGAACAUCUUCCCCGUGAGGUCUCAAUGAAGCUCUUUCUAAUGCUUCUUAUUUUGCUGAUUUUCUGGAUAUUCUGUUAAUAUUUGCAGAACUUUUGGAAGAAAGCCUGAAUUUCACUGGAGUGACUGCGAGUGUUGAGGUUAUAAACAACAGUUCUUAAAGGAUGUGGAGACGGGCAGAAUCUCUCUGAUCUGAAGCCUGCUGUCCCGCUGUAACACUCUGAAGCUAAAGGGAAAUAUAAUGGCACUUCUUUUAUAUUUGUAUUGACAUUGUUUGUUAGGAGCUUGUUGUGUGUGAUUUAAUAAAGCUGUAAUCCAAAGUCUGUCAGCUGAAGGAUGAGCUCUGUUCCUGUGAUGAGGAACUGCUCCUCUGAAAGCUCCUUGAUGUUCUCUGAUGCUCUGCAGGGUUUCUGUGCUUCAUUUAAACUCACCCAUUUAUAUCCAGAUGUUUCAAUAAAGCAUGGAGUCCAGCUGUGUGUUCACACUGA